AUGCAUUUUUUAAAACCUGUAAAGUUAUCCAAGGGAAUUCAUCAAACCGUAGCAAUUCUUUGUUCUUCGGGGACAACUGGCAAGCCUAAAGCCGUUUGCAUUUCAUCUUCACUGUUCCUCAUACACGAUUGGGUCAAUAAUUAUGACAGCGUUCUCUAUAUAUCCAGUGGCAUCGAUUGGAUUACCGGCAUAUUUUUCCUUUUCAGUAGCUGUAUAGUAGGCUUUACAAGGAUAAUAUUUAACAGAAGUUUUGAAGCAGGUCACUUCUUGGAAAUUCUUCAGAAAUAUAAAAUUACCACAGCUUUCCUAUCAUCCCGCUACGUUGCUGCAUUGGUUCAGCAUCCUAAUGUAUCCCGCGAAUCUCUAAAACACUUGAAAGCCAUAACAUUUGGUGGUUCGACGCUGAGUGAAGUAAAUUCGGAAAAAUUAAUACAAUUAUGUACUGAAAGUGCACAAAUUGGCUUUUGUUAUGGCAGCACAGAAAUGGGUCCAAUAUCCCAAAGAUUGGAAAAACGGAAAUUCAAUUCAGUGGGAAAAUUAUUCAAUAAUCUUCAAAUGGCCAUUGUUACCGAUGACGGGCAGCAUUGUGGCCCAAAUGAAAUUGGAGAAAUUGUAAUCAGAAUGCCUCAUCCAUGGAAUGGUUAUUACAAUAACCCCCUUGAAACUGAAAAGGCCUUUGAUAGUCGGGGAUGGUUCCACAGUGGAGAUUUGGGUUAUGUAGAUGAUGAGCAUGAUUUAUUUAUUGUCGAUCGUAAAAAGGAAAUUUUGAAAUAUAGAGGCAUGCAAUUUUCAACAAAUGAAAUUGAAGGAGUCAUUGCUGAGCUGCAGGGGGUUCGUGAUGUCUGUGUGGUAUCUAUGGUUAAUGAAACCGAUGGUGAUUUGGCCGGAGCUUUGGUCGUAUUAGCUGAUGGAAGUGCUUUAAAAGAGCGGCAUAUUAUUGAACAUGUCAAGAAACGUCUGGUUUCGCCACAUAAACAUCUCAAUGCCGGAGCCUAUUUUGUUGACAAGUUACCUCAGAAUUUAAAUGGUAAAUUAAUUAAGAAAGAAGCCAGAGAAUUGUUGAAGAUAUUGUCUCAGAAAAAUCAUUAG